AUGCCUGGCGCUGGUUCGAGGGGCAUUGCCCUGUUGGUAUGGAUCGUCGUCUUCACCGUCAUUGACGCCGUGGCGUUGGCCCUGCGCUUCUGGGCCGGGCGCAUUAUGCGCAGAGGCUUCUACUGGGAUGACGGAAUGAUUGGGUUUGCAUUUGCAAACAUCAUUGCGCUUCAGGGUGUUGUCGUAUGGGCCAUCUACAACGGCCUGGGCAAGCACACCAACGAACUUACUCUUCCCGAGUAUGCGGUUCAGUUCAAGCUCAUCCUCGCCAGUGGCGUCACCUGGCUCCUGGGCACCAUCUUCAUCAAGUUCGCCAUCUUGUGGAUGUACACGCGCAUCUUCGCCACGGCCCAGUUCAAGCGCUGGUCGCGCAUCCUGAUGGGCGUCGUGGGGGCGUACGGCGUCGCGUUCCUCAUCCUCUUCAUGAGCCGCUGCACGCCCAUGUCGCAGCAGUGGGCACCCGUCGAGGGCGGCCACUGCCGCGACAUCACCAUCGACCAGAUCGUCUCCGUGACCAUCAACAUCGUCGUCGACAUCGCCAUGACGGCCCUCCCGAUGCCCGCGCUUUGGGGUCUCCAGAUGCCUCUACGGAACAAGGUCGCCGUCACCGCCAUGUUUGGCAUGGGAAUCACCACCAUCGCCAUCAUGGUUUGGCGCCUCAUCAACACGGUCACCACCAUCGGCGACCUCGACUUCGUCUACAACCUGCACGACAUUGGCCUCAUCAGCCUGCUGGAGCUCUGGAUCGGCAUCAUCAUCGCCUGCCUGCCCACGCUCGGCCCCCUGCUCAAGACCUACGUCAAGCCCGCCGUCUCCAAGAUCGGCUCCAAGCUGACGAACCCGUCGACGGACCGCGGCAACAUCCACCUGAAGGACUUGAACAGCACGCAGGGCAGCCGGGUGCACCACCCGCGCAGGACGUACGACAAGCUCGGCGAUAAUGUCUCGUAUGUCGACCUGGAGCGCGGCAGCAAGGACCCCGCCGUCACGACAAAGUGCCACUACGCCCCCGGCGCCGACGCGCCCAGGGAUAGCCGGCCGGUGAUUUACGUCCAGCAGGACAUUACCACUUCACAAGAUUCGUGGGAGAGAAGACAAAUAUGA